AUGACUUCUCCUGUUACUUUGAAUGUGGGAGGCCACAUUUACACCACCAGUUUGUCAACCCUGCAGCGCUACCCAGACUCCAUGCUGGGUGCCAUGUUCCGGGGAGAUUUCCCCACCACACGUGACUCUCAGGGGAACUAUUUCAUAGACCGGGAUGGAACGCUUUUCAGGUACAUCCUGAACUUCCUCCGGACGUCUGAGCUUACCCUCCCCAUGGACUUCACAGAGACAGACCUCCUGAGGAAAGAAGCAGAUUUCUACCAGAUUGAACCUCUGAUCCAGUGCCUUCAUGACCCCAAACCCCUGUACCCUCCUGAUAUAUUCGAGCAGGUUGUAGAGCUCUCCAGCACACGGAAACUAUCAAAAUACUCUAACCCCGUCGCUGUCAUCAUCACACAGCUAACUAUAACUACAAAGGUUCACGGUCUGCUGGAGGGUAUUUCUAACAACUUCACCAAGUGGAACAAACACAUGAUGGACACCAGAGACUGCCAGGUGUCAUUCACCUUCGGACCGUGUGACUAUCACCAAGAGGUGUCCCUAAGAGUUCUCCUAAUGGACUACAUCAUGAAACAAGGCUUCACUAUCCGCAACACGCGUGUGCAUCAUAUGAGCGAGCGCGCAAACGAGAACACAGUGGAGCAUCACUGGACUUUCUGUAGACCAGCUCACAAAGUGGAGGACUAA